AAUAGCAGGGGACUGAACUUGGUGACCCAAGAGAUGCCUUCCAGUCCUAUGUGACCUCAGUGAGACUAAGUUGUCUUUCUGAGAAGCAAAAUCUGGAAUCUUUGGGACUUGUAUCCGAUUUGCAAACUUCUUGACUCAGGUCACACUUAGGCUCCUAAAAGAGGAAGGAUGUGGUAUUGUUCAGAGUUUCAGGUUCUUGGGCUGCGAUAACAUAGCAGCUAUGAAUAACUCAAGAAAUGCUUUCAUCUAGUUCUUUAGGAAAUUCACAUAUGACAGUAACACUUCCGAACUGUGUGUGUACCUGUGAAUGAAAUAGGGAUUGAUUUUACUGGAAAACAUGGAUCCAAAAAGGGCCUGGGACAGUCUGUGCUGAGCUGCUGCCUGUUAAAGAGUUAAAGCUUUAACUUAAUCCAGUCUUAAUUCUCCCCAUAUGGCUGGGUCUGGCAGUACAGGAAAGACUUGGAUGACAAACUAGCCUGAACAGUGGCUAAAACAAAUAUGGGGGCCAUCUGUGCAGCAAGGGAAAAAAUCUCCUGUGAAGCACAGGGCCUCCUCAGAGCGACCCUGCCAAGUUAAAGGAACUGCAGGAGCGUGCAGCCAGGGUCCCUUGCUGCCCCGCCACACACUGAAGACUAUGAACUCGGUCUUGACCAAGUAUGGUUCCCCCCCUCGGAGCUGGCUCAAUCUACGCCUGGGGAUGAAUGAUCGGACUCUAACAGAGGACAAGGUUCUGCGCUGCCAAAACCCUGACUGCAUUGACAAGAGGCGGGCUCUCAAGGUAUGUCACCACGCCGAGUGCCAGCAGGUGAACCACAGCAGUCCCCUGAACCUCUGUGAGGCCUGUGACCACAAGUUCCACGGCACCAUGCACUUUGACGGGCACAUCCGCUUCGACCUGCCCCCCCAAGGUUCCAUUCUGGCCCGGAACGUAUCCACGCGAUCAUGCCCCCCACGCACCAGCCCUGCCUCCGAUGUGGAGGAGGAGGACGAAGGGCUAGUGGAUGGGAAAGGGGACAAGAAGAGCUCAGCGCUGAAGCUCCCCAAGAAGAAAGCCCGGCGCAGACACACGGAUGACCCCAGUAAAGAGUGCUUCACCCUGAAGUUCGAUUUGAAUGUGGACAUAGAAACAGAGAUCGUCCCAGCCAUGAAGAAGAAAUCCCUGGGGGAGGUGCUGCUGCCGGGGUUCGAGAGGAAAGGCAUCGAGCUGGCGAAGGUGGAUAUUUAUCUGGAUCAGUCCAACACGCCUCUGUCGCUCAGCUUCGAAGCGUACCGCUUUGGGGGACACUACCUGAGAGUGAAAGCCAAACCCGGCGAUGAGCUCAAGGUGGAGCAGGCUGUGAAAGACUUCAAAUCGCUGAGUCUGCCCAUCAUGCGCUCCUCAGGCUCCGCCUCCACCUUCCUCUUCACCCCCGCUGGCGAGAGGCUGGACCAGCCGCCCUUCCGCCGGGAGAGCGUGGACAUCCUGGCCCCCGGGCGGAAGCGGAAGAACAUGAACGAGUUUCUGGGCGAUUCCAGCAUCCCGGGCCAGGACCCCCUGCAGCACUUCAGCUGCUCCCUGCCCAGCAAUGGAAUCGAUACGUGGAAGAAUAGGGCCGCCAGUCGCUUCAGUGGCUUCUUUGGCUCCGGCGCUAGCACCGGCCCCUUCGGACGGGAGAUGGAUAAGAUGGAGCAGCUGGAGAGCAAGCUGCACAGCUAUAGCGUCUUCGGCCUCCCCAAGCUCCCCCAGCAGCUCCGCUUUGACCAGGACUCCUGGGAGGAAGAGGAGGACGACACCAGCCUGUGCAUGGAAGACAGCUGGCAGGAGAUCAUCGAGGGCACGGAGGCCCUGACACGCCGGCAGUGCCACCAGCAGGAGGCCAUCUGGGAGCUGCUGCAAACAGAAGCCACCUACAUCCGGAAGCUGAAAGUGAUCACAGAUCUCUUCCUCUGCUGCCUGCUGAACCUGCAGGAGUCAGGGCUGCUGGGUGAGGUGGAAGCUGAGCGUCUGUUCAGCAACAUCCAGGAGGUUAUCCAGCUGCACCGUGCCCUGUGGGGCAGCGUCAUGGCCCCCGUCCUGGAGAAGGCCAGGAAAACCAAGGCGCUGCUGGACCCUGUGGACUUCCUGAAGGGGUUCAAAAUGUUUGGCUCCCUCUUCAAGCCCUACAUCCACUACUGCAUGGAGGAGGAGGCCAGCCUGGAGUACAUGCGCACGCUGCUGCGGGACAGCGACCUCUUCCGGGCCUACGUGACGUGGGCAGAGAAGCACAAGCAAUGCAACCGCCUGAAGCUCAGCGACAUGGUGGUAAAGCCGCACCAGCGCCUCACCAAGUACCCGCUGCUGCUCAAGUCGGUGCUGAAGACGGACGACCCUUGCACCCGGGACGCUGUCAUCACCAUGAUCAAUUCCGUGGAGCGGUUUAUCAAUCACGUGAACUCGCGGAUGCGCCAGCGGCAGGAGCAGCAGAGGCUGGUGGCCAUCCUCAGCCGGAUUGACUCCUACGAGGUGGUGGACAGCAGCACGGAGGAGGUGGAUAAGCUCCUGAAGGAGUUCCUGCGCCUGGACCUGACGGCCCCCAUCCUGGGCACCUCCCCCGAGGACACGCGGCAGCUCCUCCUGGAGGGGAGCUUGAAAAUGAAGGAAGGUAAAGACAGCAAGAUGGACGUUUACUGCUUCCUCUUCACGGACCUGUUCCUCAUCACCAAGCCGGUGAAGAAGGCUGAGCGCACCAAGGUCAUCCGGCAGCCCCUGCUCGUGGACAAGAUUGUCUGCCGGGAGCUCAAGGACCCCGGCUCCUUCCUCGUGAUCUAUCUCAACGAGCUGCGCAGCGCCGUGGGAGCCUACACCUUCCAGGCCAGCGGGCAGUCCCUGUGCCGCGGCUGGAUCGAGGCACUGUACAAUGCACAGAACCUCCUGCAGCAGCUGCGUCUCCAGGAGCAAGCAAGCGUAGCCCAAGGGCAGCAUCUGCAGAGCCUGGAGGAGGGAGAGGACGGGGAGAGUGGGGCCUCGGCAGCCAGCUCGCCCACCAUCCUGCGCAGGAGCAGCAACAGCCUGGACUCCCAACAAUGCCCCUCCGGCGGCUCCACGGAGACCAUCUCGGUGGUGGUGGUGGAUGCCAGCGAGGAGCGCUCCUUCCCAGACUUGGAAGUGGGGCCGUUGCAGCUCGCAGUUCGGACGGAGACCUCCAUCAGCACCACCGCGUCGUCCACCACCCCCACCCGGGAGCUGCUGGAGGAGGGCGGGGAGCUUGCAGAGACACGCGCCCCCCUCAGCUCCACUUGCCUGACGCCGGAUCCCAGCGGCUGCAGGUCGGCGUCCAUCGACAGUGCCUACGGCACCCUCUCCCCCACCUCCAUCCAGGAGUUUGCUGAGGCGCAGCAGCUGGCGCCAGGGGCGGAGGAUGGGGGGCCCCCGCAGGCGCAGCGCGCCCCCUCGCCCAAGCUGCGCCGCAGGACGCCUGUGCAGCUCCUGCCCUGCAAGGGGAAAGCACUCAAGUCCAAGUCGGAGGCCAGCCUGCUGCAGCUGAUCCCAGCCUCGCCCCUCCUUGCCCAGAGCAAGAGCCUCUGCGACCUCUUCACGGCUCCGGGCCCAGCCACGUUCCUGGCAGGCCCCAGCCAAGGGCGUGCACGGCGCGAGGCCCCGGCUGGCUGCCAGAGGACUAGCAGGGCGGGCGCCGGGAGCCAGGGUGGCCGGUCGGACUGCCGAAGCCUGGGCCCGAGCACCUGCAGCAGCAGCAGCGGGGGCUCCUCGUCAGAGCUCUCCGAGCCCGAGGAGCUGGCGUGCAGCAAGGGCUUCGCUUGCCCAGCCGAGAGCAGCGACGCCUCCCCCGCCGAGCCUGGGCAGGACGCUCCCCCAGCAGGGCCUGAGGGGGCUCCCGAGUGCUGCCAGGAGCUGCCCCUUGCGCACCGGACACUGUCAGACCCACAGGCGGCCCAGCACCGCAAGCUGACACUGGCUCAGCUGUACAGGAUCAGGACCACCUUGCUCCUCAACUCCACGCUGACCGCCUCGGAGGUCUGAGAGCUGCAGGGGCUCCAGGAGAGGAGCAGGGCUGCCAGUUCCGCCAACCCCCGACGAUGGAGCAUGAGCGCCCAGGGCGCUGGGAGAUGUUAGGCUGCAGGCCCCAAAAGCAGCGGCCAGGAGCGUGUCAAGGCUGCGUGUGGAUGGGAGAGAGACAGGGCACAGGUGUAUGGACAUAGGGUGUGCGUGCGCGGGUGCAUGUCUCUGUGGGGAGUGUGCACAUGUACACGUGUGUGCGGGGAGUGUGCACAUGUACACGUGUGUGGGUGCACGUGUGGGGAGUGUGUGUGUGGGGAGUGCAUGUGAGUGUGCGUGUGUGGGGAGUGUGCACAUGCACACGUGUGUGUGGGUGCGCGUGUGGGGAGUGUGUGUAUGUGUGGAGUGUGUGUGUGUACACGUGUGCGGAGUGUGCACAUGUACACGUGUGGGUGCGCGUGUGGGGAGUACAUAUGUGUGUGUGCGUCUAUGGGAGUGUGGCGUGCCUGGGGACAGACUCCAUGGAGCCGUGGCCUGGGUUCCUCCCUGAAGGUGGAUGCGCUUGGGCUGGCCAGGGAGCCCUUCCUAGGACUGGGGCUGGCCGGGAGCUGCUCCUUUGCACUUUGAAUCCCGGGAGCCGGCUGCAUUGGAGCCCCUGCAGCCACACCUGAGAACUCUGGAGCCGAAGUUGGGCAGAGGGCGCCCCCUACAGGACCUCUGCUUCUCGGACGUCGGUCGCUGUAGCCCAGCCCCAUACUGCUGGCCUGGGCGGUGCUCGGAGAGUUCCUGACAGUCAGUGAGCAGGGACCAAUGCUGCCACCUCACCCUUGGAGCGCCCCUGGUCCAGAGGCCUCUGUUGGGCUUCCGAACUCACCUGUCCUGCCGCAGGCCUGCGGCCAGCUCCGAACUGACAACCCCACGCCCCAGGGUCUGGCAGCGCAGGCUGGGGCUCGUGAGCUAGGUGUGACUGCAGCCUUCCAUGCACCGCUGGCCUGUUGCAAUGGGGGAGACACACAAGCCACGUUGCAUCAGGUUCAGCAAAAGCCAAACACUACAGCAAAGACUGGGACCUCCCGCCUGCUGGGACCCCAUCGUCGAGCUUCCCACUUCUCUGUGAACCGUCUCUGCAGAGAGCUGUUUGUCGCAAGGGCUGCAGGGUGAAACCUGCCCAAGGCCCAGGAGCAGGGGGUUCGGAGUGCACUUUAUUUGUGGUAAGCUGCAUUUCCUGCAGCGGCACACGGCACCUACAGCUGGAAGGGAAGGGGCAGAGGGGAAUAGCCAGAACUUUUCCCCUUCCUCUAAGCUCACAUGCCAUUGCAGCCUGCGGCCUGGGCACCUGGGAGCUCUCCCGAGGGUGGCAGCUGUGCCCCGAAGGGGGUUGUGCUGCAGGAGCCAGACGCAAAAGCCCCUUUAAAUUCCAGCACUGCAGCAAGGAGCCAGACCAGGACAGCCCCCGCCCACCGCCAGCCACCACGGCUGCUCUGUCGGCUCCCUGCUGGGGUGAGUUGCUUCUUCCUGCAUGACCGAAGCCCCCGAAAUGUGGUUUUCCACUGAGGAUAACGCUCUGGGGGGCUGCGUUGUCACCGAGGCAGUGGGCUGGGUAGCUCAGGCACUGGCUCCAGGAAGUGGCGGUGGGCUUACUGAGGAAGGGAUCCAAACGUUGGCAGUGGGUGAAGAGGGAGGAGAGCUACAGUGAGAGGCACUGGCAGCGGGGUGCUGCCAUGGACACUGUGUCCUGCUGGCCAUGGGCGUGGCAAGGUCACCGGGGCUAGGAAGGUGGAGGAAGCCGGGGCAGGCCGGGGAGUGGGGGUGAUGUCAGACUGGGGAGGGGCAUGGCUGGACCCAUCAGCACCACAUCUCCCAGCUCCAGCUGUCUGGGCUCCCGGCCUCACCUUUCGUGGGAAGGAAAGGCGGGGCAGUGGUGCUGGGGGCUGGGCCGCAGGGUCCCUCUCUUGCUGGCUGCCCUGCUCGGCUGAGGGUGCGCUGCUCCUGCAGGGGUGCGGCUGGGGGCUCCCCACCUCCUGGGGGGCUGGGUCCUCCGGGCAGCUGGUGGCUGUUACAGGGAAUCCCGGGCAGGCAGCCAGGCCAGGAAGGGCUGUGUAUGGAGUGGCUAGCAUGGAGGUGUGUGGGAGAGACCAAAGGAGCCUGUGGGGAGCAGGGGGCCACGGAGGGCCCUGUGCUGGCUAGUGUUCCCGCGGGUGGGAAGGGAGCGUUUGGCCUGCCACUCUCCCACACUGGUCAGUGCACACUGUGCUGGGGAGGGGGCAGUGCCAUGGGGGCCUUGCGUAGGCCUCACUCAGACCCCUGCCUCGGGGCAACGCUUUGGCCACCAGAGCUGGUCUCUGGAGCAGCAGCAGGAGGCUUGUGCAGCGAGCAGCCAGUGGCAAUAAGCUCUUACCCCAACGCUUCCCACUGCAGCCCCGGGGAGGGGGACCACUUUUCCUUCCUGGCUGGGCUCCCUGCACUAAGCCUAGGCCCUCGGCAGCUGGGGCCAGUACUGGCUGGAUGGCAGAGGGCAGGGCACUGCUGGCCUCGGUGGAGUUCAUUACACUUGGCUGCCAGCAGGCCGUGGAGGCUGCUGCAGAACGGCAGCAGAGAGUGGGAAGGGACAUGGCGGCUGGGUGGCAGAUUCCUCUGCCCGGUCGUUCCCAGCCCCGCGGGCAGGCAUGCUCACCCAUGGAUGUGUGUAUAUAAAGUUGCAUAUUUAUUAAGCUUGGUGUUGAUUUUCUGAAGCUGCGUCCUGGCUGGUUUGCGGCAGGGAAGCAGCGUUGCCUCCCCUUUUCCUCCCAGCCACUUGUAGCUGAAUGGCUGGGCCCCGGGCUGCCCUGGGGGGUGCAAAGCAGGAGUCCUCUCUUGGCUCUGGGGCUAGUCCAUCUUGUCCCUGCGCUGUUGAUGUCCCAUCCUGCCACCACUGCCUCCCAGGUGAACCAUUAAAGACAGUGCGUGUGCGCUCA